UAUGCUGUUGAUAAAAAGUAUAAUAAAGUGUACAAGAAUCUAAAGGAGUUUUCUCAGAAUGAAGAGAAUUUCUGCAAGCAGGUCACAUCCGUUCUCCAGCAAAGGGCAAACCUGGAGAUUAGCUAUGCCAAAGGACUUCAGAAACUGGCAAUCAAACUGGGCAAAGUGUUACAGAACAUGAACAAAAACUGUCUCAGCCAUGCCUGGACCUGGGCCUCAGAGGGCAUGAAGUCUGCCGCCGACCUGCAUCAAAAACUUGCCAAAGCCAUUCAGUCGGAAGCCGUAAAGCCGACUCAGCAAGUCCUGAGCGCGCAGGAGAAGAAGAGAAAAUCACUUGAUAAUGAAGUUGAAAAGACAGCAAAUCUCGUCAUUGGCAACUGGAACCAGCAAAUCAAGGCCAAGAAGAAAUUAAUGGUGAGCACCAAGAAGCACGAAGCCCUUUUCCAUCUUGUCGAAAGCUCCAAGCAGUCUGUGACUGAGAAGGAAAGGCAGAAGCUACUCAACAAACUGAAAAAAUCAACUGAGAAAUUAGCAAAGGAAGAGGAAAAUUACUACCAAAAAAACAUGGCUGGCUAUUCUACCAGACUGACGUGGGAAAACACAUUGGAAAACUGCUACCAGAGCAUCCUAGACCUGGAGAAGGAAAGAAUCCAGCUUCUAUGCAACAACUUGAACCAGUAUCACCAGCAUAUUUCUAUUUUUGGUCAGACCUUGACCACAUGCCACACCCAGAUUCACUGUGCCAUCAGCAAGAUCGACGUUGAGAAAGACAUCCAGUCCCUGGUGGAAGAAACCGCUGCUUUGUCUACAGGGAAAAAAUCAGAGUUCCUGCUAACCGAUUACUUUGAAGAAGAUCCUAACAAUGCAAUGGAUAAAGAGAGAAGGAAGGCUUCCAUCAGAUCUAAAUUGCUGAGACUGCAGAGAGAUAUUGAGAAGGCCUCAAGAGACAAAGAAGGCUUGGAACGAGCGCUCACGGCCUCCUGCAGCCCUUCCUUCUCGGACGCGAGGAGCCAGGAAGACAAGGCGGCGCUGGUGGACCAGAUCAAUUUGAAGCUAGACCUGUUGCAAGCAAACUCCUAUAAACUGUCAUCAGUAUUAGCAGAACUUGAGCAAAGACCUAAGCCCAGGCAUCCCUGUAGCAACUGCAUCUUCAAAUGGAAGGACAAGGAGCAGCUGCACAGCUAUGUGCAAAUUUCUCGCCCGUUAAAGAAGAAGAGAUUAGAGAGUGCUAUGAGCAAGGCUUCUAGUGGGCAGAGCCAUCCAAAUUCCUCAUUGUCUUCCGUCUCAGGUGUGACCCAACUUGGCAACGGUCUUUGCAAAGCUUUAUAUGCUUUCCAAGCCAGGCAAGAGGAUGAAUUGAAUUUGGAAAAAGCUGUGUUUUCUCCGCAGGUGACAUUGUGGCUAUACACGAGAAAAAGGGAGAAGGAUGGUGGUUUGGAUCUCUCAAUGGGAAGAAAGGCCACUUUCCAGCCGCAUAUGUAGAGGAGCUACCUCCCGAUGCUGGGGACACCGCUGUGCAGCCAUGAAACGCGCAUCUGAACUCGCCGCCUCGGCCAUUCUGCAGACGCUAAAUGUGCUGCAAAUAAAGAUGAAAUUGUGUUACCUUUU